AUGAAAAACAAAUUCGAAAAAUAUGAACUAGUCCCUUUAAAAGAUACAUCAGCUCUGAAAAGAUUAUUUCAAAUAGCUUACCCACCGAAUCAUGAAUUGCAUGUAAAACACUUAAGUGUUCAGACUAAACAUAAGAAUGGGGUUGUUCCUGUUUGUGCUUUUGGUCUUCAUUUCCAACCAUCCGUCAGUAUUUCCGGGAAUUAUUCUGAGGAUCAGACGACAGUUACCAUUAUUAAAUCAUCAUCUUUGAAUAAAGAAUUCCUGGUGACUUUCUCCAGAAACUGCAGUGUGACACCAGUGUCUGAAAUGCUGAGGCACGACAUUAAAGAACUUUUAAACGCUGGAACCAAACUUAUCAUCUAUGAACUGAAAUUUCGUAACCAUUCCAGAAAGAUUCCGGGAAAAUCGGAAUCUGAUAUUUACAAACCCUUCAUUUGGGAAAGAAGUACCGGUCGGCAUGGCCAAGGACUUUUAUUUUUGAAGACGGGUUUCGAAAUACUUUCACUUUCGACACUGAGUUACGGCACUGAAAAUAUGAAAGUAGAAUUACAGGAAGAACCAAUAGGAUGCUUGUUACAAAGGGAUAUAAAGGAAGUGGAGAAAGGUCUUAGACAUAUUUUACUGAAUGAUUUCCAAGACAUCUCACCAGAUGGAGCUGGUGGUAGUCUUAAUGACAAUGAACAUGUCUGCAACAUGCACAUCAAAAAUGUAAACAACAGAGCUGUUUUCUACCACGUGUGUUGUUCUAAAACUCCUAAAGGUUAUUUUGUAUGUAGAGAACUUGUGAAAGAUAUAUGGGUCCAUCUUUUAUUCUACUGCAUAUAUUUUAUCAACUUCCUUGUCAUUAUGUUUUGUCCCUAUCUCAUACCAAAGGCUUGGUAUCACGACAAGUACAAAACUUUGAAGUACGAAUUCAACUGUGAUAAUCCAAUCCAAAUCAGGGUAAAGAAAAUUUACCGAAAGAACCCACCGCCCACAACCGAAAAUAUUGUGAACAUUGACGAUCUGUCGCUAAUGAAGGCGUUUGAGAAACAGUUGGAUGAGAUGGAUGAAGAUAAUGUGUAUGCACUCACCCUUUCAAAGAUACAUUUCAACGUUAAGCAUGAGCGUUUAAUUCCUCCAAACGACGUUCCAGUUGGAAUUAUAAGAUCCAUUUACGAUUCGUUUUUUCGUUGUCAAAUCCGGGAAAGGGAUUCUUUGGAACCAUGUUGGAACCGUAGUAUAUUUGAACCUAUCACACGUACUUCGUUGGUCAUCAAACAUUUUAAGUGGUAUCACUAUUUACAAAAACUAAUGCUCAUUAUUUCAUGCAUUGUGGUCAUCAUUCCAUGGAUUUUCAGAAAAGCAAAUUUUUAUCGGUAUAAAGACAGUGAACACGAUGAUAAGGACGAUGCUGCACGUGACCGGAAGUUAACAUUGCACUUUGCUUACUUUCCCGGCAGCAUGCUGAGUUUCUUAACUCCUGUGCAUGGCGUCUUCGUAUUCUGCUACGCUAUACUGGUAGCAGACAGUGUUUUGUUUGGACUUCUAGAAUUCAUAAGUUCAGAAUUGAAACGAAACAUUGAAAUUGUUUUUCGAAAGUGCUUCCGAGACACGCAUGAAUCUUCGUAUUCGAGAUCAUUCGGAUGGGCUAUAAGAACUUUGCUUUAUCCAUUCAAGGAAUAUGGCGUUUUCGCCUUUUUCAUCGUCGGAAUAUACUGGCUGUUCGUUUUACCAGUUAUCAUCAUGGUUCUAGCAUUUUAUUGCGUACCAACACUCAACAUCGUGUUGCGAUUACUGUGUCAUCUGAUCAUUGUGGUCUUCCCAAAUUUCAAAUUUGUAUCCAGAUUGAAAGAGAAAAUCAGCGUAGUUGGCCUUCUCAGAAGAGAACCUAUUGCUCGCCUGUCUACAACUACUACUGUAGAAAGAACAGGAUGGUUGUGGACAUGUAUACGGAGGAGUGUCUCAUUAAGUAGGCGAAAGGAGUCCACUAAUCUCAGGCAUACAAGCUUCCUCUCACAGAUUGGUUGGUGUGAGGCUAUUGCCAUUACAUUACGUUAAAUUGGUACCGUAUAAGUUUUACAUUACGACCCCUGAGUCGAGGCCUCUGCUGGUGGACUGUUAGUCCCUGAGGGUCUCUACAGCCCAGUAGCUAAGUAUUUCGUUACUAGCUUGAAAAUACGGAUGUAUAUUUAAUUGCUGUUAUAAAAUUUAGAAAUUCAUUUCAAAAUUAAGGAUUAUCUCCCUCAUGCUUAGCUCUUAUCCUUGGACGAGUUUGGCUCUACUUGUUUGGCACGCUGUUUUUGGCUAUAUUUAGAUCUAAAAUUUCAUAGUUAUUUCGGAUUUCAAACAUUUCGGUUGAGCAUCACUGAAGAGACAUUAUUUGUCGAAAUGCGCAUCUGGUGCAUCAAAAUUGGUACCGUAUAAGUUUUACAUACAGAAAGAAAUUCCACAUUGCCCAGAUAGCAUUUAAAUCUCUUUUAUCAUUUUCUACAUAAUUUGCAGGGAGCUUUGUAAUUUCCAAUGAAUCUAUAAAGAAUGUGAAACAGAGAAUUCUGGUACAUGUUUUGAAUGCAUCCUCAUCUACACACUCUUCUUUACAUGCCAUGUACACAUAUCAGAUUUAGUAUGUUAUGCAUUGUUUAAAAUCUUUAUCAUGAUAUUGUGUGUAUAUAUAUGAAGAAGAGGCAAUACUUAGAACUACAUAUCAGCAUUGUAAAUUAACUCUUCUAAAGACGGUUAGAUAAACCUAUUUAUAUAUGAUUCAUUAUAUAUUACCCGAUACAGAGUAGAUUUGGAGUAGAGCAUGCCUAGGUGUCUAGUAAGAGGACAGAUGCAUUAAUAAAUCAGGUUUGGAAUGAUUUAUCUGACAAUUCUUUGACUUCUAUCGAUAUUCUGGAGUUAAGUAACCUACUUCCAGUCAGAAUUAAGCCCUGUGUGAUACGAUAUGUUCUAUAUAUCGAUCCUGUUUUGAAAUAAAUAUAAUAUGAACUAAUUACUAUAAUGAUGAUAUAUUGCAUUUUGGUUUUCAUUUUUUUUUUCUAUUUUAGCGAAGGCAUGCUAUUCAUUAUAACGACCACAUACUUCGUGAGACGUCACUUUAGACAAGACUGUCAAGACUCCUGUAACAUCGAAUUUUUCAACACCUGUGCCGGUAUAGAAGUUGAUCAUACGCACACAUGUUCUUGCAUACCAAAUCAAUUAAGAAACAUAAGUACCAUAUAUAAAUUUUAUAAAGAUGGCUGACAGUGUACCUAGCACACUCACAUCUAGAUUUGAAAGUACAUAUUUUUAACUAUAGGUAGUUGGUAUAUUGGUAGGAUGAUAACUGCGAUAGCUUUAUUUUCCAAACCGUACCGACGUUUUUUAAUGGCUUAUGGUUUUUAUGCUUUUUACCCCGUAUUGGAAAGAGAGAAAACAAACAAGAGAAAAUGACAAAUUUAAACAUCCCAACUACCCCCCCCCCUCCCUUUGUCUCCACUUCUAUUAUGAAUGGGGAAAGGGUCUAUAAGUCAGAUGUCCAUUUCAAUAGGCCUCGGGUCGCUGAUUUCUAUCAACAUGCAUGUUUAAAUUCACAUGCUAGAUACUAGAUUGAUCACUGUUCGUUAUCUUCACUUUGCAUACUGGUGCGUUGGUUAUCUGCUAUAGAAGGUUUUCAAGAAGAGGUUACUUUUGUGGUUCAGUAAAGGAUUAGAACAAUUAGAAAUAUAUUUUUAUUCAUUAUCUGAUUUGUGUUUAUGUAUUUUUGUUUUUGGUUCAGAGAACCUCUGAUAUAUUUUUCUUUAUUGGAACAAUUGUUUGAAAAUGAAUUGUUUCAGAAAUUGUUAAUUAGUAGCUCCAGUUUGAAAUUAUGGUUAUGAAUUGCUGAAAUAAAUCAAAUGUCAUGAGGAUAAGAAAGGCAGAUUUCUAUUGAUUACAUAAACGUAUGUUUUCGGCCAUCUGAUAAACUUUUACUAAUAGUACGCAUUGCUUUUAAAAUAUUAGAUUUCUGCAUUAUUGAAUAUAUACAUCAAUGUUUUUAUUUACACAUUGAAUGCGUUUUAUGUUGUGUAUCCAACGUUAUGUCUAUUUUUGCCUGUUUAAAAAAAAAAUCAAUAUUUGUUCUGAAUGAAAAUGAUAUCCGCCUUUCCUUACCUGAAUGUCAUGCCCUAUCAUUUAUCGUCCCUGAUAACAUCUCAAAGAAUCGAUGUGAUAGAAAGCAAGCGAAUACCAACAUUAUACUGAGGUUUAGAUAAAUUAUCUAUAAUACGUGAAACAAUUAGAAUCAUUUCCUUUCACUGAUCCGCGCCUGUUUUUUUUUUUCUUUACAUGGAAAUUAUUAGACACUGUGUAAUAUAUAGAAAUGCAUCUUAAUUACAAAUAUCUAUAAUCUAACAUUUGCACCAUCUAAAAUAUAAAACAGCCGGGUAAAAUAUAUUGUCACAUUCACCACCGUGUUGCCUUUACUUUGACGAGUUACUGUAUAUAUUUUAAUAUUACAUAUUUCACGAUUAUGUAUUGCUGUUGUGUGAUUAAACUUCAAGUCAUCAAUUAUUUUGUAAAUAAAGGAAAAAUUAAAACUGAGACUGACUCUAGAAAUUCGGA